AUGGCCGACGGCGGUAUCGUCGAUCUGCAGAUGCCGUUCACGUCACGUCCACCCACACGGUUCUUGGCCCCGAGGCUGUCCACCCCGGCCCUCCCGGCGAGCCACUGGCCAUUCCGUCACUCGUCACCGAACUGCUGCUUACAUCGUUACAGCGCGCGGCUCGACGUCAUCACGAUUCUUCAUCCAUCACGAGGGCUUCCGGAGGAAUUUCUGUUACUGGAGGAACAGUAUAACUUCAUGUUCAUUCGGGUGCAAGGCUGUUUACAUACGCAACCUCCCUCGGCGACGGGCCUUCGAGACGACUCCGUGGUGCGCGGCCACAACCUCACCCUCGAGUGCACGGUGAAGGGAUCGCCCUCGCCCGACGUGCUGUGGUACAAGGACGACCUCCUCCUCGCGCCGAGUGCCGGCCUGAGGAUCACCAUCAAAAGACUGCGGCGAAAGAGGAGAAGUGAAUCAACAGUUUCAGAAACCAACAGAGAUUCCCUUAUCGUUUCUCAUCUGUUUGCCUCACUGCCGUCUUCUGUGUCCCCCUUUUCCUCAUCGUCAGCCUCGUCCCCUCACGCUCAUGCUCCGUCCGCAGGAGUAGGAGGAGGAGGAGUAGGUGGAGGAGGAGGAGGAGGAGGAGGAGAAGGAGGAAGGGGAAGCGAAGAGAGACAACGAAUACGAGACGGAGGCGAAGAAAUACGACGAGUCCCAGUAACCGGGAGACGGCGAGUGGCAGGAGCCCUUCGGAGAGAGCGACCGGAAGUGGCGGAAGACGGUAGACAACGACUAAAGAGAAAAAGAGUCAAAGACAAAGGCGGCGACGAAUCAGGAGGUGAAAGAAGAGCAGAGGAAAGCGGCGGGAGUGACACCGGCGACGAGGGCGGCAGGAAGGGCGGCAAGAAGAAGAAGCGGCGACAGGAGCGAGACAAAAGCCAGCAAGUCCUCGUGUCACAGCUGACGAUCCCGAGCGUGCAGGAGUCCAACGCAGGCGUGUACAAGUGCGUGGCCAAGUCCGUGGUGGGGGAGGACUCGUCCCAGGCCACGAUCCGGGUGGUGCCGCCCAUAGAUCCUCACCCCUUCGUGGAUAAAUGUCCUUAUGCUGGCUACUGUCUCAACGGAGGAACGUGUAUGAUGUUCAAGAUCGUGGGGGAGCUUGUGUGCCAAUGUGCAGAAGGUUUUAAGGGGCAGCGGUGUCAGGAGAAAGAAGUUUAUCCAACUUUCAGUCGAAACUGUCAAGGUCCGCUGAGGCAUCUCCGACACUCUCGCGGUCUACGAUGUCCACGAAAUCAGCCCACUGCACUGUGGGAGCUCUUGCAACAGAGUUUGGCCCACAAGCAGAAGGUGUCUCCCUGGACGAAGCCCCACCUUCUAAGCUGGUCGCCCACCCAUACCGGACAUGCCUACUGGCCCCGUUAUACGCGUCCUGCCCCUCACUCCUCCAAGCCACACCAAACUGCUGGGCCGCACAACCCAGCGGUGACAAGAGGCAACCUCCUCCCCACUGCCAGUGUGCUGCCGCAGAACCCCUCCUCUUCGGACCACCUUCCCGCACACCACACGACCCAGGACCCCUUCCUGCUAGACUCGCAUCUUUCAGACCUCGACCUCCCUCAGCUGCCUCGCCGACGGGACCGCGCAGGCCACCAUCGCGUCUUGCCAUCGAACCCCUUGGCCACGCGGCAGCCACAUCCGCAGCAGCCUUACCCAGAUCACCACCAGCUUCCUACCACGAGGAGUCCGUUAAAAAGAAGAGUUGGACCUGAUUCGUUCGAGAACCCACACGUGGUCAGACACCCACAGUCGCCAGCUCUGCAAUCCGAAAACCGCAAGGAGGGUGAGCGCGUUCAACCCACGAAUCCCCAAAGUCGGACACGUCAUGGUCACCGUCAUCAGCAGCAUUUCCCAGAAGAGAGAGAUUCACAUGCACACAGCAGUUCUAGAGAGGGACAAACAAAUGAACCAGCGAAAAGUUCAUGGGACCAGAAAGUGAGUGAGGCUGGACUGUCCUGGUCUUCAUCUUUGGACUCCAACACACCAACCCCGCCACUCUUCUUUACCACGCCCCACCAGGAGAACCGACGCCAGUGACGCAAUAUUUCCACACAGGGGCAUUAUGAGAAAAAGCUUUAUGUUGAAUGCAAGAGCGUCCCUGCACUCCACCUGUGAAGUGGAAAAGGAGUGGAAAGAUCGAUAGCGUGAUGACCCAUCACUUCUAUCUUGAAUAGCUGGUGUUGGUGAUUUCAAUAAUACUCAGCUGCACUUAUGGUGCUCCGCUGCUGUCAAUGGCACUGCAAGGGUCAUGUGACUUAAGUUGUUCCUGUAUGGUCGGGCAGCUGGCCAUGAUCGAAGCUUCAACCACAAGAGGAGUCGAGGAGUCCUGGGCCAGAAUCAUUCAGAGGGUCAAGUGGAUUGAAUGUCUGGCAAGCUGCAGAUAACUAGCAAGGAGCAUAGGGUUGUGAGGUGCCACAGUGUAGUGUAAGCAAGCCAAAGAAACAAGUAGUCAUAGAUAUAAGCAAGCCUGCAUUGGAUCCAUGGUGCCUGGGACAGUAUGCGCACGUGUCCACCAGUUGAGAUGUUUAAAGACUGGAGUGAGUUCCUUUCUCACCCUCAGUAGACCCAGCCACUAGUAAGCCCUGUAUUGUAGCUGAUGGCCUUGGUCGGGCUUGCAGAGCCGCCGCACGGUCAAAGCAACGAAUACUGGCCUGUAGGCUGACUGUGCCCUUGCGCCGUCAUCACCUGCACAUGAAUCCAUCGGGAAGCAUGAGGAAAUGUCGUGAGCACCGCUGCUCCUCGGGAGCACUGGACAGCUCAUGCGAUCUUCCUUGGACUUGUGUGCUCUGUCUGUGAGCACUUGUGUUCUGAGUUGUGCACGCCAGUUUUGCUUGGUCAGAUCCUGGGGAUCAAAGAACAAAAGACAUGUAUACUUGUACAUAGCCAUAUAGACUAUAUAUUAAGUGUUUAAAAUGUUGUAAGUGUCUAGUGCUUCUGUUCAGCAACAAAAUGUGAGAGUGAAGUGUUAGUGUAAAUACUGAGGAUGUGGCCCGAGCGAUGGUGUUUAUACACAAUGGAAUGUGCCUUGAUUGACUUUGCAUUUACAAGACUAGGAUUGGCUAGACCACUUAAUUUGAUUGAAGUGAUUUCAUUAGAUAUUAUUCGGUGUAUAUAAUUUGUCUUUCCUUCUUUACUCUUAGUUGUAAAUUUCUCUCUUUGUAACAUGAGUGAGCAUGGAAUGAUAUAUUUUGUUUUCAACACAAAGAUGAAUGGUGUAAGGACAGGUGCCAGUUUGUACCAGAACUGCUUGUCUCAGGCUGCUAUCUCCCACUCAAAAACAUUUUCAUUAUAUCUUUCGGGUUUAAUCGCCUUUGGGUUUGUUCCAGGAUGUAUUAAAAACAUUGACUACUAAAAAUAAAUAAAUCCUCUUCACUGCAUGUCCAUAAAAGGAUUAUAUUUAUAACUUUAUACAUUUUUUUUUUUUCAUCUUUAUUAUACUACGAAAAAAUACUACUUAUAUGCAUUAAGUUCAUGCAAAGAAAGAAAUACUGAAUUGCCUUUAUCGUCUUCAGAACUUCAUGUUUCUUUCCAGGGGAUCCUGUCUUUAAAUGAAUAUACAAUAUGCUCUUCUUAGGUGCAAGUAGUGCCUUGAGUUCAUUAUUUGCCGGUGACAAAGGGGUAAAAUUAUAGAUGGAUAAUAUAGGUUUAAUAGCUAGAAUAUGAUUUGGGAUAUUGACAGCUAUGAUGCAGUACUCCUACAGCUGUUGAUCAUUUCGAUUUCCAACUUGUAUUCUUUUGUAUUGUGUUGAAGAUCAAGUUUUAUACAACGACCGUUUCAAGUCCGAAGCUUCUUUAUUGCUAGAUGUCACCGUGUAAUGUCAUUGGAAUUAUACUUGUGGAUUUCGAAUAGCAACAAUAGAAGACUUUGAAAUAUUAUUGCCUUUGAUAGAUAUAUUGCGCAAGGUAAGAAUUCAUCUGUUCUCUCGUCUCACGUAAUUGCGGUGUUUGGUAAUCUGCAACAAUUUGAGAGUAAAUGAAUGUCAGACCACAAAAUCAUAAACGAAUCACAGGUUCGUGAUUUUUUUUUUUUUUUUUUUAUAAAUGAAAAUAAUAAAAAUGAAAAAUAAAUAAAUGUGGAUAAUUGGCAAGGUUGACAAAAAGUCCCAUGAUAAUUUUCCCCGUCACCAAUUAAUCUUGCGUUGAAGUUCCAUGAAUGAUUUGCCACGUGUAAUAGCCUGCACACUAAGAAGCCGUAAACCAAGACACUGUCGGAAGAGGGUGUCGGGUGUCAUUGUGCUGGCAUCCUCUGAAAUCCAAGGUGAGGCACCACAGUCUCCAAAAGAUCAUUCUUUUUCCUUAUCGUUUUCUACUUGCCGAGCUGGCUGGCUAGCUCUGGUCAUUGAGUUUUGUAUGGCGCGAGGUUUACUAGAGUAUGUUUCUUGGCAUUUAGUUGUCUCCCAGUACGGGCAGACGCCUGAUUGGUCUGCCUGGAAGCAGGCUAGUCCAGCAUCCUAUAGAGGAGAGGUCAGGAACCGUUCUCCACUUCCAUCGAGGGUUGCCAGGCUCUGCACGGGCUUGGGCUCUGCCUUCAUCCCGAAAUGCAAAUUCCAGCAAUCUGCAGUGAGACAAACCAUGCUGUCACUACCUACAAUAAAUCGUCUAUUUUAUUGAUAUGCUCUUCCCUUUAGGAUGGAGGCAGUAUUACUUGAUCUCAUUCCCUGGUUAGUGGCAGUAGUCGCUUGGAACCUGUGCUCCCGCUGCCCCCAGAAUCCUAGGCCAGCCUAGAGUAGUCCAAGCAACCAUCUCCACUUGGGGAGUUGCAAUGUUAAGGCGUGAUGGCUGCCCCUGUCACCACCACUUCUUGCGCGGCUCCAGAAGGCGGGGUCGCAGGGAUGGAAGCAUUUCCUCCCUUUGUGUCGGUGCAUGAGGGUCAGCCUGGCUUGUGUCUUGGUCCAGCUUGAGCUCUGCGUAGGCCCACUCUUGUGUGCUUAUCUGCCGUCCUAUUGUCUCCCAAGCAGGUGCAGAAAAUACAGUGAGAUUAUAACCAACCGCAACACUCUUAAAAAAAAAAAAAAAAAAAAAAAAAAGAACUCGGAUGGAGUGGCUACCCAUCUAGUUGACUGCCCUGUCACGUGGAGACCCCUUCAGGUCCCUAGCAAUGAGGUCCUGGUUCCCUCCAGCUCUACUAUGAUUCCACUUGCCACAAACCAACUACCUCAGUUGAUAAUGUACAGUUCGUCAAGGUGCGUGUAGUGCGUUCAAGUAAUCAAAAGUCCGGUUGGUGACAACCACAUUGACCUGGUUCGGGAUUGACUGAUGUGCUGUUGUAAGGCCAGUUUUGAAGAGACAGCCAGGCCUGGGAAACUGUUAGGUGCUGCAGUUUCCGUAUGUAGUACUAUAUAUAACUAUUUUGAGUACUGUUUGAUUUGGCUGCCAAGUCAAAAAAAAAAAAAAAUUGAGGAGACAAGGUGAUCAUAAACGCAGUAAGUCCCGGACAGUCAUAAUCGUUUUAUUUAUUUUCAUUUUUAUUAUUGUUAUUAUAUUUUUGCUGGGGGAGACCAAGGCACUCUCACUUAUGUGUCAACUACUUGUCAUUACUUAUCAUCUACUCUUGUCUUCUCUAUGUGCUGUACUUGUCUAUUGUACUGUUAAAUGUCCAAAGCAAAGCUAGUUUUGCUACAGACUGAAAUCUAGUGUAUAGCGUUCGUAUCUAUGCAUAAUAGAUGUUUUAUUUAUUUUUUGCUGCCCAAUAUUUUGUGUCAUAUAUAUGAAAACUCAAUGUUGCUAGCUUCAUGGGGUAAAAUAAAUGACCACUUGAAGUAAUGAGAUAUUUAAAAAAAAAUAUUCAAGAUACAGAAGCCAAUGUGUAUGUGUUAAACUGUAAAUAGUAAUUAUAAUAAUGAUAAUAUUACUUAUAAAUGUCGUCAUAAAUGGCUCUCGCUGCAGAUGCAUUUAUGUGACUCGUAUGUUAUGUUAGAAAAGCCAAAUAAAUUACGAGUCUAGUAUA